CUCUGCUCGGCGCAGGAGAAACAUCUCUGGCAGCUCUUGCAAAGACACACACGCAGGUAGAACCACACGGUCGCCAUGAUGUACAGCUUUAUGGGAGGAGGACUCUUCUGUGCCUGUGUGGGCAACAUCUUGUUGGUUGUCUCUACAGCCACUGAUUUCUGGAUGCAGUAUCGGCUGUCUGGGGCCUUCGCCCAUCAGGGGCUGUGGAGGUACUGUGUGACCGGCAAGUGUUACAUGCAGACAGAGAGCAUCGCCUACUGGAACGCCACCCGUGCCUUCAUGAUCCUCUCCACUUUGAGUUGCUUUGGUGGGAUCAUCGCUGGAAUUCUGUCCUUCGCUCACUUCUCUACCUUCCAAAGGUUUAACAGAUCCUUCGCUGCAGGGAUCAUGUUCUUUAUUUCCACACUGUUUGUACUGCUCGCCAUGGCUGUCUACACUGGAGUAACCGUUAAUUUCCUGGGAAAGCGUUUUGGCGACUGGCGAUUCUCAUGGUCCUACAUCCUUGGUUGGGUGGCUUUGCUCAUGACCUUCUUUGCAGGUAUAUUCUACAUGUGCGCUUACAGAAUGCACGAGAACCGGCGAGGGUCAGGACCCCGUUAAUGCUGAAGGAGCUACAUUAAGGAUAUUAAAAAGAAAUUUCUGAUUUAUAAAUGAACCACCAAAAUGAAAAGACCUCCAAACCUUACUCUCUGUAUCCACAAACCUCAUAUUUCUCAGGUUGCACCACACACCUAUGCUCUAUCUACUAGGGUCUUCUGUUACGUCCUAACAUGCUUCUUUUUUAUGGCAAACUGAUUUCAGAUACAAUUUUGAGGAGGUCCCCUGUCUAGUUCUUCAUCUCCUAUGGUGUCCAAGAUCUAGAGAUGCCAGGACUACAGAUGAUAGUUGAUCAUGGAUUAUAUUUAGAAAGAGCUUGAUGGUAAUAAUAAUUCAUAGGGCUUAGUGCAGUAAUAAGUGAAUUCAAAAUCUUUUGGCCAUAAUAGUCUUCUCCUGCUUUGGUGUUUAGCAUGUUCAAAAAAUACCUUGGUGGAUACAACGAAUAGGGAUUGCUCAACCCUAGAGGCCACCAAAGAAAAGACUAGAGUUGUCUCUUGCUAGAUAUUUUGAAGGACAUUUCAACAACUGAAGAUCCAUUAAGACUAUGCACUAAGGACUUCCACUCAAAUAUUAGAGUUCUGCACUGAGCAGAAGAUCUUAAAUGCAGUUGACACGACAUUGUCCCCUCAGCAAUGUGUCUGAAGACUGUAAAGCUUAAAAAAGAAGCAUCUUAGACUAUAGAGAAUUAUCACAAUGUAAACUCAACGACCCCACUCUUCUGCAUUUGCUGGGCAUAUUUUGGACUAUACAACAGAACUCUUUGAAUGAUGUGUUGGAAAUUGUAGAUGAGCAGUUCUUAAAGAUUAAAGAUAGUCAUACAUGGAGCAAUAAAGUCUGGCAAACUAGGCUUAUUUGACCAUUGAUCUAUGACACAGAGGGUAUCUAUGACUAGUCUGUGAUCCCAUCAAAUUACACUUGGUAUGUCCCUAAAGAAAAUUCAACCCCAUUGGUAUGUAUGGACGCUCAAUGGCCAACUUCAAAGUCACCUAAGUUCCCUUAUUUGGUUUGCUGGUUGAAUGAGUAGAUCUAAUUUUGCCAUCUUUUGGCCUAUGGGUUGGGUUGACCCCCUACACAGCAUGGUUCUCAGUUUUCUGGGCAGUCAGCCAUGACACCAAACUGCUGUUAUUCAAUAAACUCUCCUUCUGGGUUCAGACAGACUAUAGUGGCCACACCCCCUGGUCAUAAAUGACCCCCCUAUCAAUGCCUGCAACAGGUUUAAUCAUGUCAAGGUACUCACAAACAACUGGACAAUCACUUCAUGUACUUACAAGUUCUUUGCAGUCUGAUUUGCCCACAAAUGUGUUUAUAAUAAAGGAGAAAUCUGAUGCUUUCAUCAAGGUUUCAGUGGUGAAA